GGUCUGGAUAUGGAUAUGGCUAUCCAAGGUUGAGCGUGGCAUGCAGGCAAGUGUACGCCUGCGCCGAGGAUAUAGUAUAGGAAUACAUCCAAGAGCUUGAAUGAGCUUGAAUCCCUCCGUUUGGAUACGCGAUCCGUGACCCAGCUCGAGUAGUGCUCGUGUGAUCGAUCUCUCAAAAUCGCUAUAAAUAAAUCUGCAGCAGAACGCUAGAUUGCUACAUACCUGCAUCGGCACGAUGGCGGCGCCAACGGCGACGACGACGACGGUCUCCUCCGCGCUCGCCGCGCUGCUCCUCUGCGCGGCGGCCUUCCUCGCCGCCGACGCCGCGAGCGGCCGCCACGACCCGAAGGCCAGGCAGGCCAAGCCCGGCGCCGCCGGCGCCGACCUCGUGGAGAGCGCGUGCGCGAACAUCACGACGACGAGCCGCUACAAGGGGCCCGAGCUCACCGCCGACUUCUGCACGCUGACGCUCUACCCGGAGAAGCGCGCCAUGUCGGCCAGGCACCCGCGCGACCUGGCGCUCGUGGCCCUGGACCUCGCCCGGAGCGCCGCCGCGGACGCGGGCGCCGAGGUCGGCUACGCGCUCCGCGGCCCCGCCGCCGACGACGACGAGGCGGGCUGGAGCAAGGACACGGCGCUCACCCUCCGGUACUGCCGGAUCGACUACUGGGCCGUGGCGCGCACCGCCCGGGUGUGCCGCGCCAUGGUCCGGGAGUACGAUCCCUGGGUCGAGGGGCACAACAGCGGCAACCUGCUCCCCUACACCUACCUCGAGUGCGCGGACAGGAUGAUGGACGCGGCGUUCAGCUGCUGGAACCACAUCUCCUUCGACGGUGAGGUGAAGAAGGCCGUGUGGAAGCAGGUCGACGCGGCCGCAAGUCUGGCCAACCUCGCCAGAGCCAUGGUCGGGCAAAUGCUCGGCAUCCCCGACGACGAUGGUCCUUACUAGAUAGGAUCUUAAAGUUUAAAUUGGAUCUGUCAGGCAGUCAGUAGGGAGCCAGGCAGCUAGCUAACCACCAAGUAGUGAAAGAUGGUUUAUCAAAACAGUAAUGAAAGAUGAAUAACCGUGUCAGGGCAUGCAGAAUAUGCUAUAUAUGUGAAUCCAAAGCACAAAUCUACCUUGACACCAA